AUCUGUAUAUAUAUUAUCAGAUAUUUUGACAAUAAAAUGGUGUAGACAUAAUCUAUAGUAGAAAUAGUCAAACAAUACUGCAAUAUAGCAUGGAUCAGUCUGAAAGAAUUGCAGGAGCAUUGAAUAAUUUUCUAUCUCGUGCAAAUGAAUUAUUAAGACAAUCCACAGAUGUUCUGUCUGAAAUUGGUGUACAUUCAUUUACUGAAUCAAAACUUGGAUCUUUGUGUGGCCUUAUGAAUAUGUAUAAAGACUUGAUGAAGGAGUUGCAUAUUACAGAAAGAAAACAGAUGGAUGAAAUCCUGGAAAAAUAUCAUAAUCAUUGUGAUUUACGUGAAAUUGUGGAAGAUUAUCUUCAAUUUGAGCAAUCAUGGGAUGAGUUCAUUCUGUUGCUGGAAAAAGAAAUUUUGAAGAAAACUACUUCAUCAAAGCUGUUAACCAUUGGUGACAAUAUUACCAGCAAUUUCAAUGUAAAGCAAGUUCUUGGUGAUCAUUCUGUGAGUUCAGUUGACAAGUUUUGUGAGGAUGGACAUUUUACAAGUUUUUUAUUAAUCCUAUUACGUCAUUUUGCUUGACUUCCGUGACGUCAGCACGUUGCGGAACUGCAGAAACAUCAGAAAGAGCUGCAAGAUCUAAAGUGCAAAGUAGUUUUAAUUUCAUUUGGUUCUCAAAUAGGUGCUACCAGAUGGAAAAAUGAUACUGGUGCAAUAUUUGAUUUAUAUACUGAUGAAAAUCGUUCACUGUAUUCUGCUUUUCAUCUAGAAAGAUCGUUUUUUAAAGUAUGGAGCAUUGCUCCUCUUAUUCAUUAUGGGAUUGAAAUGGCAAAAGGUGCAGAACUCAUUGCUACAUACAAGGAUGUUAAAGACGAUCCUCAUCAGAUGGGAGGAGAUUUCAUUUUUUCAAAUCAUGAUAACACCGGAUGGAAACUUUCAAUGAUACACAGAAGUAAGACGUCAGCCGAUCGGCCCAAUGUAUCAGCAAUCCUGAGCCAUCUUCGUGAAACUGGCUAAAUAUUUCUGAUCUUCAUAUAUUACUCCCUCCACCACCAAAAUAAAAAAGAACCCAGAUCAUUUGGAACAUUUAUCAGAGAACAUAAUUUUUAUGCAAAGCGUCCCAGAUUAUUGAAACUUGGGUGAAUCAUGCCUAAACAGAAGUUCAAGUGUUAAAUAAUUUUUCUUCAUUUUUGUAGAGGCAAUUACGGUAGAAAAUUUAUGAGUUCUAUUUUUUAGUCAUUUUGCAGUUACAUCCCCUAACUCUUUGAUGUGCAUUUAUUUAUGUGGAUUAUAUAUUUUACACAUUCCGCAAUUACACUUUACGCAAUGAUUAUAUUCUUAGGUCAGAUAACCCAUUUCUCUACUGUGAAGUAUCAUUAUACAUUAUCAACACAAUAUUUCAAUCCAUUCCGAGGACUUUUAUUCUUUUUUAUAUCAUUUAUCACUGUGUAUGAUAGCAUUCUUGGAAAACAGUUUCCACUGUCAAGAAAGUCUGAAAAAAUUAAGUGAUAAAAUAUAAUUUGAAUAUAAGUCUAGCAAUACAUAAUUCUUCAUUUUUCAACAAUUUCUUUUUUAUGCAUAUUCAACUUGAAGUGUAAUUUCUCUAUUAUAUUUAGUUACUGAAAAAUGUUGUUAAUAAUAAGAAACGUCAUAUUAAUGGUUCAUCAUUAAAUUACGGUACUUGUUUUUUAAACUAUUGAAAACUGAAAUGAUCAGAAUAUAUAAGAUUAUUGAUGUUCAAAUAAUUAAAAUGCCAACAAUGUGUCUCAUUUUAG